CCCUAGCGCUCCGGCUGGGUCUCUCCCCCGCCCCCCCAAGCUUCCCCGAUCGCUCUCCUCAAGCGGUCGCCCGCACUCGGUGGAUGUGGCUGGCAGCCGCUGCCCCCUCCCUCGCUCGCCGCCUGCUCUUCCUCGGCCCUCCGCCUCCUCCCCUCCUCCUUCUCCUCCUCAGCCGCUCCUCUCGCCGCCGCCGCCGCCUCCACAGCCUGGGCCUCGCCGCGAUGCCGGAGAAGAGGCCCUUCGAGCGGCUGCCCGCCGAUGUCUCCCCCAUCAACUACAGCCUCUGCCUCAAGCCUGACUUGCUGGACUUCACCUUCGAGGGCAAGCUGGAGGCCGCCGCCCAGGUGAGGCAGGCGACCAAUCAGAUUGUGAUGAAUUGUGCUGAUAUUGAUAUUAUUACAGCUUCAUAUGCACCAGAGGGAGAUGAAGAAAUACAUGCUACAGGAUUUAACUAUCAGAAUGAAGAUGAAAAGGUCACCUUGUCUUUUCCUAGUACCCUCCAAACUGGUACAGGAACCUUAAAAAUAGAUUUUGUUGGUGAGCUGAAUGACAAAAUGAAAGGUUUCUAUAGAAGUAAAUAUACUACCCCUGCUGGAGAGGCACGCUAUGCUGCUGUCACACAGUUUGAGGCUACUGAUGCCCGGAGGGCUUUCCCUUGCUGGGAUGAACCUGCCAUCAAAGCAACUUUUGAUAUUUCACUGGUUGUUCCUAAAGACAGAGUAGCUUUAUCAAACAUGAAUGUAAUUGACCGGAAACCAUAUCCUGAUGAUGAAAAUUUAGUGGAAGUGAAGUUUGCCCGAACACCUGUCAUGUCUACAUAUCUGGUGGCAUUUGUUGUGGGUGAAUAUGACUUUGUAGAAACAAGGUCAAAAGAUGGUGUCUGUGUCCGUGUUUACACCCCUGUUGGCAAAGCAGAGCAAGGAAAAUUUGCGUUAGAGGUCGCUGCUAAAACCCUGCCUUUUUAUAAGGACUACUUCAAUGUUCCUUAUCCUCUACCUAAAAUUGAUCUCAUUGCUAUUGCAGACUUUGCAGCUGGUGCCAUGGAGAACUGGGGCCUUGUUACUUACAGGGAGACUGCAUUGCUUAUUGAUCCAAAAAACUCCUGUUCUUCAUCACGCCAGUGGGUUGCUCUGGUUGUGGGACAUGAACUCGCCCAUCAAUGGUUUGGAAAUCUUGUUACUAUGGAAUGGUGGACUCAUCUUUGGUUAAAUGAAGGCUUUGCUUCCUGGAUUGAGUAUCUGUGUGUAGACCACUGCUUUCCAGAGUAUGAUAUUUGGACUCAGUUUGUUUCUGCUGAUUACACCCGUGCCCAGGAGCUUGAUGCCUUAGAUAACAGCCAUCCUAUUGAAGUCAGUGUGGGCCAUCCUUCUGAGGUUGAUGAGAUAUUUGAUGCAAUAUCAUAUAGCAAAGGUGCAUCUGUCAUCCGAAUGCUGCAUGAUUACAUUGGGGAUAAGGACUUUAAGAAAGGAAUGAACAUGUACUUAACAAAGUUCCAACAGAAGAAUGCUGCCACAGAGGAUCUCUGGGAAAGUUUAGAAAGUGCUAGUGGUAAACCCAUAGCUGCUGUGAUGAAUACCUGGACCAAACAAAUGGGAUUCCCCCUCAUUUAUGUGGAAUCAGAACAGGUAGAAGAUGACAGAGUACUGAGGUUGUCCCAAAGGAAGUUCUGUGCUAGUGGCCCAUAUGUUGGAGAAGACUGUCCCCAGUGGAUGGUUCCUAUCACAGUCUCUACUAGUGAGGAUCCCAGCCAUGCCAAACUGAAUAUACUAAUGGACAAACCAGAAUUGAAUGUAGUUUUGAAAAACGUCAAACCAGACCAGUGGGUGAAGUUAAACCUAGGAACAGUUGGGUUUUAUCGGACCCAGUACAGCUCGGCCAUGCUGGAAAGUUUACUGCCAGGCAUUCGUGACCUUUCUCUGCCCCCAGUGGAUCGACUUGGACUACAGAAUGACCUCUUCUCCUUGGCUCGAGCUGGAAUCAUUAGCACUGUAGAGGUUCUAAAAGUCAUGGAGGCUUUUGUGAAUGAGCCCAAUUAUACUGUAUGGAGCGACCUGAGCUGUAACCUGGGGAUUCUCUCAACUCUCUUGUCCCACACAGACUUCUAUGAGGAAAUCCAGGAGUUUGUGAAAGAUGUCUUUUCACCUAUAGGGGAGAGACUGGGCUGGGACCCCAAACCUGGAGAAGGUCAUCUAGAUGCACUCUUGAGGGGCUUGGUUUUGGGCAAACUUGGGAAAGCAGGCCACAAGGCAACGUUAGAAGAAGCCCGUCGUCGGUUUAAGGACCACGUGGAAGGGAAGCAAACUCUCUCUGCUGAUCUGAGGAGUCCUGUCUAUCUGACUGUUUUGAAGCAUGGUGAUAGCACUACCUUAGACAUUAUGCUAAAGCUUCACAAACAAGCAGAUAUGCAGGAAGAGAAAAACCGAAUUGAAAGGGUCCUUGGGGCUACUCUUUCACCUGAGCUGAUUCAAAAAGUCCUCACUUUUGCACUUUCAGAAGAGGUACGCCCACAGGACACUGUAUCUGUAAUUGGUGGAGUGGCUGGAGGCAGCAGGCAUGGUAGAAAAGCUGCUUGGAAAUUUAUAAAGGACAACUGGGAAGAGCUUUAUAAUCGAUACCAGGGAGGAUUCUUAAUAUCUAGACUAAUAAAGCUGUCAGUUGAGGGGUUUGCAGUUGACAAAAUGGCCGGAGAGGUUAAGGCUUUCUUCGAGAGUCAUCCAGCUCCUUCAGCCGAGCGUACCAUCCAGCAGUGUUGUGAAAAUAUCCUGCUGAAUGCUGCGUGGCUAAAACGAGAUGCUGAGAGCAUCCACCAGUACCUCCUUCAGCGAAAGGCGUCACCACCCACGGUGUGAACCCUGCGCUUGCAGCCACUGCGCUUCUGCUGCUUCGCUGCAGGGAGAAGGUGGAGCUACCGAACAGCUGAUUCAUAUGCCAAGAAUUUGGAGUCUUCUUUCAAAACCAGUGGGGGUUGGACAAUGAAUGUAGUUAACUGGUUCCUGCUCACACUCCAGAAUUAAAUUCUAUUGAAAAAAAAAGGAAAAUCAGCAAUUCAGCAAAAAAGUAAAAUAAAAAUGUAAAUAUGAUAGUAAUAAAAUAGAGCAUAACAAAACUGUGAAACUUCCUGAAGCCUUGUCAGUGGUUCAAAGUAUUUAACACUCUCCUGUAAAUGACAGAUGUUUUGUUUUUAUAACCUCCCAAAAGAAGAGAGGCUUCUGGGUCAAGAGGAUUUUUGUGAGAUGGUUCUGCAAGCAGCCUUGUGGCAGAGUGGUCCCCAUUACUGGGGUGACUCAAUAUGAAAGGCUGACAGCUGGAGUCUGUGCAUAAUUCCAAGUGGUAUUUUGUUCUGUUGGUUUUUUUGUUUCGGUUUCUUGGCAUGGGGACAGAUCAGGAAGAUACAUUUUCCUGUACAACUCAAUCUGAAUCAAGGAUUGUAGUUUUCCUCCUUGCCUUCCCUUCUGUGUGGCCCCCCCCACCCCACCCCGGAAAAAAAAGAAAAAGAAAAAAAAAAGCUUAUCCUGUCUGGGGUUUUUCCUCCCCUUAUUUCCACCCCAGCCUUUCCUCCACCCCCAUCCCUUGUUGUCCUUCUUAGAAAUAAUGCGGAAACAUCCUCCAUAGCCACAUUAAAUAGGAGCACCUGAUUGACAUUUUUUUUCUUGCUUUCUAAAGAUGACUUUUAAGAACCCUGAAAUGCAUGCAGAUGAGACAAUAGAAAAAAAGAUUUUCAGAGAGGCCUUUCUGAAGGAGUUCCUCUAUUGGAAAUGGACUUAGUUGUCUGGCAGCCAACUAUUGGACAUCUUCACAACAGUAUCAGCACUGGCUUCUCUUGGCGCACAUUCAGUCUGUGAGAAGUCAGUGAGAACUACUGUAGGGUCUACACAUUAGUGUGUAACUGGAUAAGAAAACAAAGGCAAUCAAGCCUGUGUGUGCCAUUCCUUGCUUCAACAGUGUAUCUUACUAACAAGACCCACCUGUCCAAUCCAGUGAGUUUUCACUGUCAAUCUUCCCUUCCUCUCUCCUUACCUCUCUUUUUACUUUUAUUUUCCUUUUUUUUUUUUUCAAUUUUAUUUUUUUGUGUGUGUUAUUAACAGGAAUUUGUAUUUGGUGUGGCUUAACUGUAUUUCAGAAGGUCAUCAGAUUGUGAGAUUGCUUCCUUGAGACAUUUUUGUGCUAUUGUUUUAAAAAAAAUAAUAAUUAAAAAGCAGUUGGCGUUAAUAAAAAUGUCAAUGUGAAAUUGAA